GAAAAACCAUUUCUAGAGCUCUAUCUCUUUAAGGUAUGUUGCAGAUUCAACCUUAUGUGUGUUUUCUUUCUGAGAGAUUGGUCUCCUGGUUUUUGCUUGUGUAUAGACUUGCUCGUUUUAACCUAAUAUGAUUGGUAGAAUUCUAGUUCAUGUGAAAGCAUGUGUAUAGACUUCAGGAAGGAUUUGUAUUGUUUCAGGAAACCCUUCCUGAAAAUUGGAUUUUAAUUAAUUUAGACAAAUAAAAUUUUUCUUGUUUACGCAGGAUAGAAACAAGAUGGGAGAUCCAUUACCAUUAAGACUAGCACUGCCUGAGCUGAGGUAUCCGAUUGGAUCAGAGCCAGAGAAGACGAUAUCGAUAAACCAACACUCGAUAGUUGCUUAUAUCAAAACUGUUAAGGAAAUUCUAGGAAAUGAUGAGUUCAACAGAAUAAGAGGGACGUUUUUGGGACCGGUGAUCAAGCUUGGAGAGAGGUCUUUGAAAUUAUCAGCUAAGAUAGUGCACGCAGUUCUCACCAAAAGCAUCAAGACAGUGAAGAGACACGAAGCAUGGUUCCAUUUUGGUGCUCAGCCAAUGAGGUUCUCUAUAAGAGAAUUCCACAUGGUGACUGGUUUGAAAUGUAGUGGUGAAGCAAGAGAACCACGAGAGGAAACCGAGAAAUUUAAGUGGGACUUCCUAAAAGGGCGUACUCAUACAGUAAAGGACGUGGAGAAGCAGCUCAGAAACACAAGAGAAGAUGCUUCUGAUGAGAGAUUCCCUAUGGCAUUUCUUAUAUGGAUACUUGAGUCAGUACCUUUGCUACAGUAUGCAUUCAGUCAAGUUGUUCCUAUUCUGAGCGUUCAACCGUCUACCCCAAUAUUUUUGUGUGAGAAGUACCUUCAAAUAGCUUCUCCACAGCUGAUAGAUGUUCUCCUAAUUGAAAUCAAAGAUCAUCUUAAGGUCACAUGCAUCCUACCUCCUAUUUCUAAUGAUCCAGAAGCUGAUGUUUGCAUGGAAGACGAAGCUAAUAAAGAUCUGGAUGACAUGGCCGAUUUAUCCAAGAGAGGUUAUAAGUUUAAAAUUAGAGAUUGGCGAAACAUGUCAGUAGACCUAUACGGUGCUAAUGAAGAAAUAAGAAGAGCAUCUUUACUGUUUGGGAAUGGAGGGAUGAGUCAAGCUUCUUCUUCGUAUCAGGAGGAGUCUUUGGAAUCAAAGAUCAACAGAAUCAGCGAGAUGGUGGGAGAUAAUUUAAGGAUCAUGAACGAUCGUUUGUGUUUGAUUGAAAAAGACAGGAAACAGAUUAAAGAACGUGUGACAAAACUAGAGAAACUACAAAGAGUUACUUCAUAUGAAACUCCAAACAAUGAGACUGACACAACUCCAUUUCAUGAGACGGCUUCCAGACAAGGUGAAGCCAAUGCAGAUCAAGCAGAUGAACAACUUAACAAUGAGGAUACACGAGAGCCUAUGAAUGAGAUCACGAAAGAGACACCUGGUUCUCCAAUAGCUCAACAGAAUAUUGAGACUCCAGUCCUUACUCCAAUUCAGACGCAGCAGGAGACUCACGAGCUUAUGAAUGAGAUCAUUUCACCAAACAUUUCCGACACACAGCCAAAUACCCGAGCUCGCAGAAAUCUUUUAACAGAGCAAAAUAAGGAUGUAGAAAGCAGAGUUCAAAAUCCCUUUGAGAUCGGAGCAAAUGUGGAGAUUUCAUCACAAGAUGACAAUACUUGUCAUAAAUGGUAUCCAGGAAAUGUGUUGGCAACAUAUUUGGUUGAUGGGGUUGAGAUGGUGAAAGUUGAGUACUCCGUCCCGUCUCUGGACGAAAAGAAGAGGAAAAGGAGUGUUGAGACACGUGUAUCAAUUGACAGAAUACGUCCUCAACCACCACCUGAGAGAUCUGGAGCGAAGAAAAGUUAUGAGCUAAUGCAGGACGUGGAGGCGUUCGACAAUGGUGCCUGGUGCGCUGGAAAAGUUAAAGUCAUUUUGUUUGAUGGCUCGUGUUUUGUCUCUUUGAACAAUUCUAAAGAACAAAUUUACUUCCACCAUUCUGAGAUGCGAAAACCAAGAAAAUGGGUAGAUGGUGUUUGGGAGAUGACAAAAAAGAUGGAAGAAGAGCAGACGCAGAGUGUGAAUCCAAGUGAAGGAGAUGGUGAUAAAAAGGGGAAGGCGAAGGCUGUCGCUUGUAAGAAAAAUGAAGCAGCUGGUCCAUCAGAAGAUGGUGUUGGGAAAAUGGCAAAAGAGAUGGAAGUAAAGCAGGGUAAGAGUGUGAAACCAAGUCAAGACGAUCAUGCAAAAAAGGGGAAGCCUGAUGUUGGUAAGAAGAAGAAAGCAAAUGCUCAGCCAGUAGAUUUGCUUCCUUUUCUACAGCGAGAAGAGAAGAGGCCAAUACGACCUAGAAACCCUCCUAUACCUGUAACACCUGAGGUAAUCCUUCCAAUUGAUCCAUUUGUGACACCUGAAUUUCCUCGGUUUUCAAGGCUUGCACACUGGAUGGAUCUACGGGGCAUAUAUCGUGUACCGUUUUAUAUCAAUGGAAAAGAAAUUGAAAAAGAGUUCUUUCAAAAAAUGGACGAUGCAGAAAACAAUCUCAACAAAGAGCACAUAAAUGUUGCAUUUGAAAUGCUAAAUUGUAAGAGGGUUGAGCAAGGUGCUUGGUUCCGCAACAACAAUCUUCCAGCAGCAUGCUUUGUACCAGUCAAAUUCUUAGAAGUGGUUGGGUACGCUUAUGAAUCUGUCAGGAAGCCACAUAAGAAAAAAAAACGUUAUUGGAGGGCUGUGUAGGCGAACUUGUGAAAGGUUUAAUACAUCCAAAGAAGGUAUGGCUGGAAGAUGUUGAUGUAAUAUAUGGUGUCAUUGAAGAUAAGUUGAGCUGUCACUAUAUUGGGGUGGAGAUACAAUUGAUGGACAACACAAUCACACUCUUCCAUUGUGGUCUUCCAAAAGCAAAUAUCAAACGUGCUCUUAAUCAAAUCCAAGAACUGGCAGGUAAAAACUUUUUGUGAUUUAUUAAUUUUAUCAUUCAGUGUAGAAAAAUCAGUUUAAUUUAUAUUGUUACAUUGAUAAUGGAUAGGAUUGUGAAAGUAUGCGUAUCCUGAAAAAAGAAUUUUAGCUAAUUUAGAAAAUAAAAGUUUGUCACUUGCUGCUUGUGCUUGUGAUGCAUUUUUACAUAUUCAUUUUGUUGUCUGUUUGUGAUUGAUUUAUUGUAUAAUUUUGGAUAUUUAUGACAGUGUUGAUUAGUGCCAUAAAGAUGGAACUUCUUGGUGAAGAGGUUAAUUUCGAAGAUAUCAGUCCAUUUGAAGUUAAGUUUGCAGAAGGGCUUCCAAAGACAAAAUUUCCAUACAACUGUGGUAUUUUUGUUGUGAAGAUGCUGGAAUGCAGGUCACUGGGAUUGAAGAGCAUGGCUAAUAUAAAUGAUGAAACUGCGAUGGACUUACGAAGCAAGCUAUGUUGUGAGAUCUUCGACCAGUUUAUGGAUAAAGAUUUCCAGGAAGGUCAAAGGAAGUGAAAAUGUCAUAUUUGUUCUGUUUUCUACUCUGUUUUUCUACUUUGAUAUUAAUUAUCCCUAACGUUUAAGUUUAAGUUUGUAAUGAAUUAUCCCUAACGUUUUUUUCAUUUAGAUUGUUAUUGAAAAUUUUUUAGGAUGUAUUGAUGAAUUGUCAAAUGCUUAUGGUACUUUUAGGAUGGGUUUCCAGAAAAAGAGUGAGAAAGCAAAAUGCACCAAAGCCUAGCAAAUUCCUUUAAAGUUUACAAAAAAAAAUGAAAAAGAAUGUGAUCCGAUGUUGAUUGAACUCGUGAACUCUCGAAAGAUGAAUCAAAGUGUGCAGCCGCUGUGCCAAGGGUGUUAUACUUGCCAAAAGCUAUAAUAAAACGAAAAUAACUUUUGAAUAUUUAAUUAAAAACAGAAAAAAGUGUAAGUAUACACAACGGGGAUCGAACACGGCUUAUUGUGUGAUAAGGGUACACUAAGAGUAGAAGGGCUUGCCACUAGGCUAUGGUGGAUAUUCGAUAACAGAGUAAAUGUGAACUUAUUUAUUCACAGACGAUAGAUUUAUAUAAUCUGGAUAUCAUUUUAGGUAUUCAGGAUAGCUUUCCAAAAACAAAUUCCUUUAAAGUUUACAAAAAAAAAAUGAAAAAGAAUGUGAUCUGAUGUUGAUUGAACUCGUGAACUCUCGAAAGAUGAAUCAAAGUGUGCAGCCGUUGUACCAAGGGUGUUAUACUUGCCAAAAGCUAUAAUAAAACGAAAAUAACUUUUGAAUAUUUAAUUAAAAACAGAAAAAAAUGUGAGUAUACACAACGGGGAUCGAACACGGCUUAUUGUGUGAUAAGGGUACACUAAGAGUAGAAGGGCUUGCCACUAGGCUACGGUGGAUAUUCGAUAACAGAGUAAAUGUGAACUUAUUUAUUCACAGACGAUAGAUUUAUAUAAUCUGGAUAUCAUUUUAUGUAUUCAGGAUGGCUUUCCAAAAACAAAUAAGCAAAUCAGAUAACCAAGUUACAAGAACACUAGGCCAAACCAUUACAAAAUAGUGAAAAA